AUGGCGGCUCAGACAGCAACCAAACCGAUCCCACCGAGCAACGACGAUGCGCGGGGACCCUUGAGCCACGCCACAGAUGGGAAGAUGGCUGCUUCAGCACCUGUAAAUCGCAAGAAACAGAAGCGUCGACUGAAACAGGCGGCUCGCGCUGCCGCGGAUUCAACCGACAUCCACGCCUCCGCGGACAUGGAAUUGAACCCCGAUGACCAACAUUCCAACGGCCACGACGAGGCUGACAGUGCCGAUCUGGACCAUGCGGAAGCAGACGAUGUUUAUCACCAUGGAGUAUCUAGCUCACAGCCUGAUCUGGGUCACGAUGCAAUAUUGAAUGAAUACGACGAAGCUGCAGGACCUAAGUCCAAAAAGAAGAAGCAUAAGAAAGGUCGUUCUCGCUCUCAUACUCACGCUGAUAAUAGCCCGACACCUCUACCGACGCAUACUGCCAGUUUCUCACAUCAACCAUCAUCACAUGCGCUGCCAUGUUCCUCCCGUUUCCCCACGAAAUCCAAAGAAAGCAGCAUUUGGAAUCAAUCGUCCCUGGAAGAACGCGAGAAUAUCCGGACCUUCUGGUUCGAGUUAGGCGAGGAAGAAAGACGCCAACUCGUGAAAGUCGAGAAGGAUGCCGUUCUUAAGAAGAUGAAGGAGCAGCAGAGGCACUCUUGUAGUUGUACUGUCUGUGGUCGAAAGCGGACUGCCAUUGAAGAAGAGCUUGAAGUCCUCUAUGACGCAUAUUAUGAGGAGCUCGAACAAUAUGCCAACAACAAUCAAGGCUCUUUUGAGGAAGGCGCCCCCAUUAUUCCACCACCUCGACUUUAUCAAUCUCCACUUCGAUCUCCCGGUCAACAUACCCGCACGCACGGGCAAUAUCAUCCCUCGAGGGGUCGUGUCCAAGAAUUGUCCGAAGACGAAGAGGAAGAAGAAGAGGAAGAUGACGAGGACGACGAGCACCUAGAAUUGGAAGAUGACUUCGACGAUGACGAAGAAGAUGAUGAAGAGGAUGAGCUUUACAGUGAAGAAGAGUUCGAAGAGGACGAGCGAACUUCUGCAGCUCGUGCGGAUCUUUUUGCGUUCGGUAAUAGCUUGACAGUGAAAGAUGGCAUCCUGACUGUGGCAGACGAUCUGCUGAAAAACGAUGGCAAACACUUCAUUGAUAUGAUGGAGCAACUAGCGGAACGUCGAAUGCAACGAGAAGAAGAUCCGCAGUUCAACAUUUCCACAUCUCAUCAGUCCUUCCAUGCAGGUCAUAAUCAUGGUCCUCUUGAUGAUGACGAAGAUUAUGACGACGAGGAAGACGAGGAUUAUGACAGCCAAGAGGAAGAAGAGUUUGACGAGGAUGAAAUGGAUGCGAUGACCGAAGAGCAACGUAUGCAAGAAGGCAGACGGAUGUUUCAGAUAUUUGCUGCACGAAUGUUUGAACAACGUGUGAUGACGGCUUAUCGAGAGAAAGUCGCCGAAGAACGUCAGAAGCAACUUCUUAAUGAGCUCAUAGAAGAGGAGAACCGGAACGAACAGCGCAAUGCCAAGAAGGCACGAGAAGCCCAGAAAAAGAAAGACAAGAAGCGGCUGCAGAAGCAGGCUAAAGAAGAAGAAAGGGCUCGUAGAGAGGCCGAGAAAGCUGCCGAGGAAGCUGCUGCUAAAGCCGAACACGAAAAGAAGCUCGAAAGCCAGCGAUUGAAGCGUGAAGAGCAGCGCAAGAAGCGCGAAGCUGAACGCAAGGCUCAAGAGGAGGAACGGGCUCGUAAGGACGCCGAAAAGCAGCGGCGUAUCAAGGAAGACCGAGAGCGCCAAGCCGAGGCAGAACGCAAACAACGAGAGCAGAAAGAGGAAAAGAAGAGACGAGAAGAGGCUAAACGCAAAGAAAAAGAGGAACGAGAUAAGAAAGCUAAAGAGGACCAUGAGCGUAAAUCGCGUGAAGAGCAGGUCAAGAAAGACCAAGAUAGUGCGGCCAAGGGAGUGCAGGAGGGCAGAGGGGUGUCGGAGACAUGGGAUGCUCAAGCAAAACCCCCGCAAAAUCCUUCACUCACCUCGUUGCCUUCCACCCACCCAUUCUCUUCACAACCGCCUGUACCCCAACCUGCUUCUCUUCAUUCUCCAACUCAUCCUCUUGCUACGCCUCUUGUCCCCAAAGCUUCGACUCCUGUGAGACCACGUCAGUUGUCUCAUCAGGGUUCUCAUUCGUCUUCUCCUCACUCUCAACCAUCAUCCUCCGAUAUGUUUCCUUAUCCGUCGUCUAUCUCGCCGCGUUCCAUGGCGCAGUCGCAGUCUGGAGCUGCUGGUGGAAGACCAGGGCCGGUACCGGGACCACAUUAUUACCAACAGCCGCCUUUACAUCAUCCUCAACCUUCUGCUCCUGUGUCCCCUCUGGGCAGAGGCAACCAUCCUGGUUUCUCAGGCUUCGGCGGGGUACCUUCAAACCCUCCAGGCCUUCCAGUCAUGGGUGAUCAAACCCAUAUGUCUCCCGAUUUGCCCAUGUAUUCGCCUAAUUCCGGGAUGGCAAACCCACUUCGCACGGGUUUUCCUGCAUCAGGUGGAAUUACUGCCCCGCCUGGAAUCAAUCCAGUGCGCACUAUGCCGACUUUUCAACGACCAGAUGUUCGAUCUAACCUCCCUUUUCCUGUGCACUAUGGAGUCACGGGUGUUUACUCAGCACAGCAAAUGCAGCAGCUGAAGCAGCAACAACAACAUGAACAUCAGCUGAAGCAGCAAGAGCAACAGCGACUAGUGCAACAGUACAAUGCAAACGUGAGCAGACUUCACCAACAGCCAGCAAGCCAAUUUCCCAUGUCGACUCUCAGUCAGGGCACUGAUCAAAGCUUGCCCUCUGCGCACGUGAGCCCUAUCCGACGCCCAUCGAGUGGCACGCAGGAUCAACACGAGAGUGGUCGUACUGCAUCGCAUCAAGAGGUGGAAGAAUUGAGCACUCAUCUGGGUAGCAGUGCGCUCCUUGAUAACACUGACAAUAGUUUCCCAUCCAACUUGUCUCAGUCGUUGCCGGGAGUCUCAGCCCCAAGUCGGUUCCCUCCUCCAUCGCGAGCCAGCUUCCAAGGACAGUCUUUUGUUACUGAGCCUCUCAGUCCUCAAGCUGGCACUGCUCAACCCGGCACUGCUCAACUCGGUUCUUCUCAAUUCGGCACUGUUCAUCCUAGCACUGUUUAUCCUGGCAAUAUUAACACCGGUCCGGCCGGCUGGGGUGGAACUUAUAGUGCAGCAACUCCCUACCCUACCACAUCAACUUGGGGUACAGCGCCUGGUAAGGCAAACUCCAACAAUCAACACAAUCCAAAUAUCCCUUUUACUAAGAGAGAUUUCGGUGGAUCUCGACCUCCAUUGGUCGAUCCACUGGAUCCUUUUGCAGCCAUUCCCUACUAUCGUGUCCGCCCAUAUCGACCUGUUACUGUUCGCCUUUUGGUAAUCGAGGCCUGCAAUCAACUCACCACAGAGAGUCCUAGUUCGCUCGGUUUCCACUCCGCGAACAUACUACUCGCUCGGGUCGAACAAUUGCGCCAUCCGCACGAACCUCACAUCUCGAUGACCGAAAUGCUAGACAUCUGCGACACUGAAGGUAAUGCACAGAACGGUGGUGGAUUGUUCCAUGUCAAACUCAGCGAGGGAGGUCGCUUCAUCAAGUUUGAGCCAGAUAUGCACAGUUUACACCCAAGCCGUCGUACCAGUGUCGCCCCCGGUCCUGGUGAUAUUGGAAGCCCCGUGCAGAUGGGAUACAGUCCUACUUCGCCGUCUUCAUUCAACGGUUACAAUGCUAACACUGCGGGUCACAAUGCUGCUAACCCCGCUAUGCGCCAGUAUCCUUCCUCCGAGACUAGGAUGUAUGGCGGAAGUCCUUAA